CGGCCACCGAAGGGGUGCUGCGGAGGGUGGAGCGCUGCGGAGUUGCGCAGGCUGCGGGGUGCCGGCUCUCCCGGUCCGCCGCCUCCCUGGGCCUAAUGAGUUGCACCAGAAUGAUCCAGGUUCUGGACCCACGCCCCUUGACAGGUUCAGUUAUGCCUGUGGAUGUGGCCAUGAGGCUUUGCCUGGCUCACUCACCGCCUCUGAAGAAUUUCCUGGGUCCUUACAGUGACUUUCAACGAAGAAACUUUGUGAAUAAAUUAAAACCCCUGAAACCAUGUCUCAACCUCAAACAGGAAACCAAAUCACAGAAUGAGUGGAAGCACUCACACAGCCAGGCCAAGAAGCGGGUGGUGUUUGCUGACUCCAAGGGCCUCUCCCUGACUGCUAUACAUGUCUUCUCUGACGUCCCAGAAGAACCUGCAUGGGAUCUCCAGUUUGAUCUCUUGGAUCUCAAUGAUAUCGCCUCUGGCUUGAAGCUCCAUGAGGAGAAAAACUUGAUUUUAGAUUUUCCUCAGCCUGCAACUGAUUACUUAAGUUUCAGGAACAAUUUUCAAAAGAACUCUGUCUGCCUGGAGAACUGCUCUUUGCAAGAGCGAACAGUGGCCGGGACUAUCAAAGUGAAAAACCUGAGUUUUGAGAAGAAGGUUCAGGUCCGCAUCACUUUUGACAGCUGGAAAAGCUACACAGAUGUGGACUGUGUCUACAUGAAGAAUGUGUAUGGCAGCUCAGAUAGUGACACUUUCUCAUUUAGCAUUGACUUACCCCCUGUCAUUCCAACUGUGGAGAAAAUUGAGUUCUGUAUUUCCUACCAUGCUAAUGGGCAGGUCUUCUGGGACAACAAUGAGGGUCACAAUUACAGAAUUGUCCAUGUACAGUGGAAGCCUGAUGGGGUGCAGGCACACACAGCACCCCGAGACUGUGUAUUCCGCCAGGUGCCCCAUAAGACUGAGGUAGAGUCAACAGUCUUUGGCAGUCCAAGGCUGGCUAGUGGCCUCUUCCCGGAAUGGCAGAGUUGGGGGAGAAUGGAGAACUUGUCCUCUUAUCGAUGAAUUAACCAACCUACUGUCUGGUCUUGACCUGUCACAGUCCCUGUGCAAUUCUAGGUCAGUGUUGCUCAAGAUUAGGAAGUAUUUGCUACUUUCUUUCAUCAGUAGGUUUAGGUUUGAGCUUUUGAUGCCUGGCUGCGGAAGAGACAGUCACUUGAGAAUUUAGUGUUGGGGUCUGGCAUGGAUGAUGCUACCGAAUUUUAUUUUGAAGAAUCAAGUAACAGCCUAUAAACUAUUUUUAGAAAAGUAAUAUUUUUUCAGUGCC